AUGGCCAUGGUGUCCUGGAACCUCGGCGUGGGUCCACGCCCAAAGCUACUUCAAGUCUCUUGCAGAAAGAAAGAGAGGAACAGAGAUAACCAUCACCCUUACAAAGUAAUCGAAAUAACGCCUCCGCCCAAGAACCUUGGUGUUCGAUGCUUUCCCCCCAACCUACAAUGUGGGGAGAGUGUGACAAUAGAAGGCCAAACUUACACAAUCUCAGCUGUAACUCAUAGGUACCAGCUUCGGAAGGGGAAGUACGAACCAAGUGAGAAGAGGCUUGAUGUUUUGUCCUCGGCGAGAUAUAUCUUAAAUUUGUACUUGGAAAAUUUACUAGAACAAUCUUGA